ACCCCUCAUGUAGUGAGGCGCGGAGGCCGGCUCUCGCAACUCAAGAUGGCGGACGAGAGUGAGACAGCAGUGAAGCCGCCGGCACCUCCGCUGCCGCAGAUGAUGGAAGGGAACGGAAACGGCCAUGAGCACUGCAGCGACUGCGAGAACGAGGAGGACAACAGCUACAGCCGGGGUGGUUUGAGUCCAGCCAAUGACACUGGAGCCAAAAAGAAGAAAAAGAAACAAAAAAAGAAGAAAGAGAAAGGCAGUGAGACAGAUUCAGCCCAGGAUCAGCCUGUGAAGAUGAACUCUUUGCCAGCAGAGAGGAUCCAGGAAAUACAGAAAGCCAUUGAACUGUUUUCAGUGGGUCAGGGACCUGCCAAAACCAUGGAGGAGGCUAGCAAGCGAAGCUACCAGUUCUGGGACACACAGCCUGUCCCCAAACUGGGAGAAGUGGUGAACACUCAUGGCCCCGUGGAGCCUGACAAAGACAACAUCCGCCAGGAGCCCUACACCCUGCCCCAGGGCUUCACCUGGGAUGCCUUGGACCUGGGGGACCGUGGUGUGCUGAAAGAACUCUAUGGCCUCCUGAAUGAGAACUACGUGGAGGAUGAUGACAAUAUGUUCCGGUUCGACUACUCCCCGGACUUUCUGCUGUGGGCUCUCCGGCCGCCUGGCUGGCUCCCCCAGUGGCACUGCGGGGUUCGAGUGGUCUCAAGUCGGAAACUGGUCGGGUUCAUCAGUGCCAUCCCAGCAAACAUCCACAUCUAUGACACAGAGAAGAAGAUGGUGGAGAUCAACUUCCUGUGUGUCCACAAGAAGCUGCGCUCCAAGAGGGUGGCUCCGGUCCUGAUCCGGGAGAUAACCCGGCGAGUUCACCUGGAGGGCAUCUUCCAAGCUGUUUACACUGCCGGCGUGGUAUUACCAAAGCCUGUUGGCACCUGCAGGUACUGGCAUCGGUCCCUAAACCCUCGGAAGCUGAUUGAAGUGAAGUUCUCCCACCUGAGCAGAAAUAUGACCAUGCAGCGUACCAUGAAGCUCUACCGACUGCCAGAGACUCCCAAGACAGCUGGACUGCGACCAAUGGAAAAAAAGGACAUUCCAGUAGUGCACCAGCUCCUCACCAGGUACCUGAAGCAGUUCCACCUCACACCGGUCAUGAGCCAGGAGGAAGUGGAGCACUGGUUCUACCCCCAGGAGAAUAUCAUCGACACUUUUGUGGUGGAGAAUGCAAACGGUGAAGUGACAGAUUUCCUGAGCUUUUAUACACUUCCCUCCACCAUUAUGAAUCACCCAACCCACAAGAGUCUAAAGGCUGCUUAUUCUUUCUACAACGUCCACACCCAGACCCCUCUUCUAGACCUCAUGAGCGACGCCCUUGUUCUCGCCAAAAUGAAAGGGUUUGACGUGUUCAAUGCCCUGGAUCUCAUGGAGAACAAAACCUUUCUGGAGAAGCUCAAGUUUGGCAUAGGGGACGGCAACUUGCAGUAUUACCUUUACAACUGGAAGUGCCCCAGCAUGGGGGCAGAGAAGGUUGGGCUGGUGUUACAGUAAUCAGUUGCCAGUGAGAUUCUGGAUAAAGCCACUGAGAAUUCAAACCAGAAAAUGGAACCCCACCACUUGUCGGUCCAACUUUCACAAACGUGAGAAUCCCUGGCAAAGGGAACAGAACUGAACCGGCUUUACCAAACCGCCGCUGAACUUGACAAUUGUAUUGCAUUACGAUGGCGUAGGCUGCGCGAUGUCACCUCUGGCCGUGUCUCUGGUCUCCCUGUUUUCCAAUUAAUCACAUCCUUACGCAGCCGUGAUCAAGGGAAUGUAACUGCUGAAAACUAGCUCGUGAUUGGCAUAUUAUGGAGUUAACGGGUGAAUAAUAAAAGUAUAUAUAUAUAUAU